AACCUGGCAACCCUGGUGAGCAGGAAGCCUGCACGCAUUGCAUUGAUCGCUCGCGGAGCGCAGACGGAGUAAUGCGCUUCUAAUGCUGGGCCGCCGUCUGAAGCAAGGCCUUCCUCAGCGCGGAGCUCUCACCGAACCCCGGCCGGAACCGAGCCGAGACACGGAGGACUCAUAAACAGCGCGGCCUCCGUCGGAGAGAGAGAGAGUCAGAGACACACAGAGAGAGAGAGAGAGAGAGAGAGAGACACACGCAGAGUGAGAGAGAGACACUGCCCGUCCGUUCAGAGCCAUGAGAGAAUACAAAGUGGUCGUGUUGGGAUCCGGCGGCGUGGGAAAAUCGGCGCUGACCGUGCAGUUCGUCACCGGAUCCUUCAUCGAGAAGUACGACCCGACGAUAGAGGACUUCUACCGCAAGGAGAUCGAGGUGGACUCGUCGCCGUCGGUGCUGGAGAUCCUAGACACGGCGGGCACCGAGCAGUUCGCCUCUAUGCGCGAUCUGUACAUCAAGAACGGCCAGGGCUUCAUCCUCGUGUACAGUCUGGUCAACCAGCAGAGCUUCCAGGACAUCAAGCCCAUGCGCGACCAGAUCAUCCGCGUCAAGCGCUACGAGCGCGUGCCCAUGAUCCUGGUGGGCAACAAGGUGGAUCUGGAGGGCGAGAGGGAGGUGUCUUCCGGGGAGGGCAAGGCGCUGGCGGACGACUGGAACUGUCCCUUCAUGGAGACCUCGGCCAAAAACAAAGGCUCCGUGGACGAGCUGUUCGCGGAGAUCGUGCGGCAGAUGAACUACGCGUCGGCGCCGAGCGGAGAUGACCAGUGCUGCGCGUCCUGCGCGAUCCUCUGAGAACCGCGCGCGACGCCUGGGUUCUCCUGCGCGUUUGUUGCCAUGGUGUGUGGCAGGAUUUCUGUAGUGUUGAGCGACGCGUGUCCUCGGGAGGAAGAGGAGGACUCUGGGACAGCGCAUCACUCUUCAGGACUCCAGCACAUCAUUGAUGUCAACACAAGUGUCUUGCACUCGCUACUGGAACUCAACCCCGAGAACGUGAAAAACCAAGACACGGGAGGAGUUUAAAAGGACUGUGUCUUGCUCGUGGACUUGGAAACCCUUGUUGUGAAUCGUUUUGCUUUUUAUUCGCUGGAUUGGAACUACUUUCUCGUGCCCCACACACACACACACACACAUCCGCACGAGGACUUCACUGUUUUGACGCGAGGACGUCUGCGCUUACGCGUCGAGUGCCUUCCAAAAAACUGUUCAAGAGUUUAGUGCCAACCUGCAAGGAGUCUGGGUUGAUGGCAGUCCACACAGGUCUUAACUGCUCCUGAUGGUUUCGGGGGUUAACGAUGUUUCAGAGGCCUGUCCUCAACAGAACGUCUGAUCUCUUUGUUUUGUUUUGAGUGAAAAUCUUUCUGGCUUUUUUCUCCAAUACACAGGUACUGAAGCCCCCAGACUCCAACCACAAACCACUGUCUGUUUGACAUCAGAUCUUUUGUUAUUUUCUUUUUAACAAAUGUGAUGUACCAUUGAAAUUCUAAUCCGACUGUACGUUUAAUUUCAGACGAGCUUUUUAACAGCUGUCUGAUUGUUUUAACGAGACUUUUAAUACAUGCAUUUUUAUAUAAAAACAA